AUGUCGUUCGUGGACCUGAAUGAUGUCGAGGAGACCGAUGCGCUCCUGAGUGCUGCAUCGCCCUCCGCCUCCUCCGUCUCAGAUGGCCAACCACAAGCUCCCGCUUUCAAGAUACCCUCACGGACCAUUGCCGCCGUUGAGCAUCCCUUUCUGAUCCAGAAUCUCGACAAAGGCUUGGACACUUUUGGUCCGAACCCUCAGUUUCAAUCAGCCACAGGGCCAGGACCCGAGAACCUGCGCUCAGAGUCCAGACUUGAUGAUCCAAAAGUUUUGAGGCGAAAGCUCCAGGACAAUGUUGAUCGUUAUCGUGCCGAAGCCGUCGGUGUCAUCAAGCACACCCAUCGCUACAGAGGCAUGGCCGACUUCAACUACUCCAUGAAGAACAAUAAUUUCAUGAACGAUUUCAAGGACAAGAUCUUGUCUGGUGAUGUGUCCAAGUUCCGUCAGUUCUCCAUGAAGCAUGGGGUAGAAAAGACUCCCCAGCAAGAAAUUGUUGCUCCACCCCUUAUGACACAGAUCAGCGUGCCAUACUACUACUUCUACUCCCAAAAUCCCUACGUGAGGGUGGUUAGCACUAAGGAUGGUGGCUUCGAGAUGGUCAACACGACUUCUAGGGUGAAAUCUGUGGGCUAUUUCAUCGGCACCCACGACCCAAUACCCGACGCACCUACCGGCAAGCCAAGGGUCAAGGAUCCCUUAUUCGAUGUGAUUGUAAAGGCGAUGAGAAAGCUCCUGGACGAGCGGCCAGUCUGGACGCGGCGUUCGAUCAUCAACAAGCUGACUGACUUCGCCUACGACCCCGAUCACCCAGAGAAACGCUUCCCGCCGAACCUGUCACAGCAGCUCCUCAAGAAUGCUAUACAAUACGCAGGCUACCAAUUCAAGGGUGGUCCCUGGCGCGACUCCCUCUGCAGAUACGGUUACGAUCCUCGCGUGGACCCUUCAAGUCGUAUGUACCAGUGCCUCAUCUUCCGGCUGCGGCGGCUCCAGGUCGGUGAGAUGGGUGAGAUGUGGCAGGAGCUGCGUAAACGUGACAUUUCAGGGGUGAAGGCGACCAAUGACGAACACACCGGCACCCACCUGUUCGAUGGCAAGAUUUACCACGACGACGGCAAGGUCUGGCAGGUGUGCGACAUCACGGACCCCUUACUGGCUAAGCUUCUCGCAGAAGCGCCCAUACGACCCGAGUGCGACAUCGAGGGCAGCGGCUGGUACCAUCGCGGGCUGUGGGCGAAGGCGAGGGCCAUUAUGAAGUGCAAGAUGAGGGCAAUCCAGUUCGGGAGGGUUCUCCAGGACAGUGACUUCGAUCAAGCAUUGCAGGCGCGUGACGAGAGCCCGGACCCUGAAGCAACCAAGAGUAUCGCCAUCCCUACGCCCGACCUCAAGCUAACGGAGAAGGAGCUUGAGCUCAUACGCGGCAAGAAGUACAAGGGGGUGGGGAGGAUCCGGAAUAACAAGCGGACCUCGUACCAUUUCCCAGGAAAGAGGGUACAGACGAGACUUGGAAAGCCAGGUGAAGCUGGCGAGCCAUCGCAGUCGCAGGAGGGUGACGGGGAUGAGACGGCCCUGGAAGACGACCAGGACCGCGAGGAGGGAGAUGAUACAGGCAUUGUGGACGGCCUUCCGACCGAUUUCGAGGAUGGUAGUGAGUAUGACGAGGACGAGGGCGACGAAGAUGAAGAAGACUUUGAAGAAGACUAUGGCGAAGACGACGAGGAUGACAUGGCCGAGCGGGGCCAAUACCAAGCAUUCCAAGUCGACGAGGACGAUGAUGAGGAAGAAGAGCAGGGCCUCGAGGACGGCGAUGCGGAUGGCUGA